UUGGGAAAAAAACUAACAGAUAUAAUAAAAACUGAUGAUUUUCCCAAAAAAACUUCUGGGAUGUCUGUUUGAGAAGAGAAAAAUCAAAUAUAAGCUCCACUUUUCAGCAUGUUUUCCAUUGUGAAGUUGACCACGAGUGCAACUCAACUUUUGUCAGUAGUACAGGAGGAUAAGAGGCUGUGAUGAGGUAGACAAAAGGAAUAAUAUGAACUUUUUACAUAGCUGUUGGUGUGCACUUGUCUAGCUGAAAAGUAAGUUUAACUUUGAGUGAAAGAUAAGCCACUAAAUUGGAGAAGGGUUUAGCUGUGAAGAAGCGCCACUUGGCAAAAACAAAUGGGAAAUUGACAGGCAUUCUGAUUCCCAGCGUCCUUCAGUGAUGGAGGGUGAACUGCUUCCUCGCCUUCUACUUAGUUUCUGGUUUUCUAGGAAAACGGACUAUGAAGGUUACAAAACAGAUAUUUAGUGCUAGAUAGAACAUGGAAUGGUAGACAGCAGUACAGUAUACCAAAAUUAAACAAAAUUCUCGUGAAUGUAUCUGUAGAAUUGUAUUCUGUGUACCCUUAGAUUACUAUGCUAAUUUGUGUCUCAACUUUUUCUAGGUCUUCAGAUCUACUGGCAAAUAAUUUGGGGGGACUUCCUAUUCAGAGGUCUAUAUAAAGGAUUCCUCAUGUCCGUAACAUGUUGGACGAGGCUCUGCAGCUCACCCCCACUCUCCGAGUGGUCAGUCUCCAUUAAUUGGACCCCGUGAUUUCCACUCUCUUCUGUGUUGGACGACAUGAGCAUUGCAGUCCCUCUGGGAGUCACCACACCAGAUACAUCCUACUCAGAUAUGGCUGCUGGGUCAGACCCUGAAUCUGUGGAGGCUAGUCCAGCAGUUAAUGAGAAGAGCGUGUAUUCCACUCAUAAUUAUGGGACCACUCAGAGGCAUGGGUGUCGAGGACUGCCUUAUGCUGAUCAUAAUUACGGAGCCCCUCCUCCUCCGACACCUCCUGCUUCUCCCCCUGUCCAGACGAUCAUCCCUCGCGCUGACCUGAACGGCCUGCCGUCGCCCGCAGAGGGACGCUGUGGAGACAGCCCGAACUCUGAAGGAGAGACUGUGCCUACCUGGUGUCCUUGUGCUCUUUCUCAGGAUGGCUUCCUCCUCAGCUGUGACAAGUGCAGGGGAAUGAGCAGGGGGAAGGUCAUUAGACUUCAUCGGCGGAAGCAGGACAACAUAUCAGGUGGGGACAGCAGUGCAACAGAAAGCUGGGAUGAGGAGCUUUCUCCUUCCACUGUGUUGUAUACGGCAACACAGCACACACCUACAAGCAUCACCCUAACUGUCAGAAGAACCAAACCCAAGAAGCGAAAAAAGAGUCCAGAAAAGGGCCGUGCAGCACCAAAGACGAAAAAAAUCAAGGCCUUUCGAGAGGGAUCCCGGAAGUCCUUGCGGAUGAAGAAUUCUCCCUCUGAAGCACAGAACUUGGAUGAAAAUACAACUGAGGGCUGGGAGAACCGGAUAAGACUAUGGACUGAUGAAUAUGAAGAAGCUUUCACUAACCAAUACAGUGCCGAUGUGCAGAACGCCCUUGAACAGCAUCUACAUUCCAGCAAGGAGUUUGUGGGCAAACCUGCCAUUUUAGACACUAUCAAUAAAACUGAAUUGGCCUGCAAUAACACCGUGAUCGGUUCCCAAAUGCAGUUACAGGUGGGAAGAGUCACACGUGUUCAAAAGCACCGGAAGAUCCUGAGGGCUGCGAGAGACUUGGCUUUGGACACGCUUAUCAUAGAGUACCGUGGGAAAGUCAUGUUACGACAGCAGUUUGAGGUCAAUGGGCAUUUCUUUAAAAAACCAUACCCUUUUGUGCUCUUCUACUCAAAAUUCAAUGGUGUAGAGAUGUGUGUGGAUGCCCGUACUUUUGGUAAUGAUGCUCGGUUCAUCAGAAGAUCGUGUACUCCAAAUGCAGAGGUGCGACACAUGAUUGCAGAUGGGAUGAUUCACUUGUGUAUCUAUGCUGUGUCUGCCAUCACCAAGGAUGCUGAGGUCACCAUAGCCUUUGAUUAUGAGUACAGUAACUGUAAUUACAAAGUGGACUGUGCGUGUCACAAAGGAAACAGGAAUUGCCCUAUACAGAAAAGAAAUCCCAAUGCUGCAGAACUGCCACUCCCACCUCCAAGCCUGCCUACUGUGGGAGCAGAGACCCGACGCAGAAAGGCCCGACGGAAAGAGCUAGAGAUGGAACAGCAGAAUGAGACCACAGGGGGCAACAAUGACCAGCAGCCAAAAGAAGUUCCAGAACAAGUUCAUGUAUCCAGUGAUCAUGAGGAAGUAGACAAUCCAGAAGAAAAAGCAGAAGAAGAGAAAGAAGAGGUUGUAGAUGACCAGGAGAACCUCACCCACAGCAGGAGGACCCGGGAGGAUAAGAAGGUUGAAGCCAUCAUGCACGCGUAUGAGAGCUUAGAGAAGAGAAAGAAACGACGAGAUCCACCCUUUGAGCAAUGCAGCUCAGAUACCGAGGUCACUGCUGCUGUCUUGGAGACUCCUGUGGGAGAAGAGGCAAAAGCUGAAGCUCCUGAAGUGGAAGUUAGCAAUCCUGCUUCAAACACUGCUGUCCCAAGCACCCCACAGAGUGUUGGUGUGAACACCCGGAGGUCUUCCCAAGCAGGGGAUAUCGCUGCUGAAAAACCAGUCACCAAACCACCUCCAGCGAAGCCAUCUCGGCCCCGACCGAAGAGCCGAAUUUCUCGCUAUCGGACCAGUUCAGCCCAAAGACUGAAGCGGCAGAAGCAGGCCAGUGCACAGCAAGCAGAGUUGUCUCAAGCCACCCUGGAGGAGGGAGGAAAUAACAGCUCAAUAACUCCUACUGAAUCUGGGAGUGUAGACAGUGCAGGAGAAAACAGGCAGUUAACGGGAUCUGACCCGACUGUGGUGUCAGUUACUGGAUCCCAUGUCAACCGUGCUGCAUCUAAAUAUCCUAAAACCAAAAAGUAUUUAGUUACAGAAUGGCUGAAUGACAAAGCAGAGAAGCAAGAGGUCCCAGUUGAGUGCCCAUUACGUAUCACCACGGACCCAACUGUACUGGCAACAACCCUGAACAUGUUACCGGGCCUUAUUCACUCCCCAUUAAUUUGCACCACCCCCAAACACUACAUUCGCUUUGGCUCACCCUUCAUGCCUGAGAGGCGGCGAAGGCCUGUCCUGCCUGAUGGCACCUUCAGCUCCUGUAAGAAGCGCUGGAUAAAGCAAGCCUUGGAGGAAGGGAUGACUCAGACAUCGUGUGCACCCCCAGAGACGAGAACUCAGCAGCUAUACCAAAGUCAAGAGAACAGUAACUCUUCUAGUAUCUGCAAGGACAAUGCAGACUUGGUGAGCCCAUUAAAGAAAUGGAAGUCUCGCUAUCUAAUGGAACAGAAUGUCACCAAGUUACUUCGACCUCUGUCUCCAGUCACACCACCCCCUUCCGGUUCAGGCUCAAAGAGCCCCCAGCUGACCACACCUGGCCCAUCUCAUCCAGGAGAAGAGGAGUGUCGGAAUGGAUACAGCCUCAUGUUCUCGCCAAUCACAUCCCUGACUACUGCUAGUCGCUGCAACACUCCUCUGCAGUUUGAGCUUUGUCACCGGAAAGACCUGGAUUUGACAAAGGUGGGAUACCUUGACUCCAACACUAACAGCUGUGCAGACAGACCUUCCCUGCUCACCUCAGGGCAGCCCGACCUGGCUCCUCAUCCUUCCGUCGUGCCCACUUCUGAGACUGGCUUCCCAGGCAGGAGUGGAGAUGGACACCAGACUCUGGGGAGAAACUCGGACCAGGCAUUUCGGACAGAGUUCAACCUGAUGUACGCCUACUCCCCUUUGAACGCCAUGCCCCGAGCAGACGGGCUGUAUCGAGGCUCUCCCCUUGGAGGAGACAGGAAGCCUUUGCAUUUGGAUGGAGGCUAUUGUUCCCCUGCUGAAGGAUUUCCUAGCAGAUAUGAACAUGGCUUCAUGAAAGACCUCUCUCGUGGAUCCAUGUCUCCUGGUGGCGAAAGGGCCUGUGAAGGAGUCCCCUCUGCCCCCCAGAACCCACCACAGAGAAAGAAGGUGUCAUUGCUGGAGUACCGUAAACGGAAACAAGAAGCCAAGGAGAACUCUGGCAGCGGAGGUGACUCUGCCCAGAGCAAAAGCAAGUCAGCAGGAGCCGGGCCAGGAGGCAGCAGCUCUACUUCUGACCCGGGUGCCCAUGGUGUGCAGGGAUCCUCAGCCCGAACCCCUUCUUCCCCUCACAGAAAGUUCUCCCCAUCUCAUUCCUCUAUGUCCCAUUUGGAGGCGGUAAGCCCGUCCGAUUCCAGGGGCACUUCAUCAUCUCACUGCAGACCUCAAGAAAGUAUCAGCAGUAGAUGGAUGGUUCCCACCUCAGUAGAACGACUCCGAGAAGGAGGCAGCAUCCCCAAGGUCCUCCGAAGCAGUGUGAGGGUGGCCCAAAAGGGAGAGCCCUCUCCCACGUGGGAGAGCAGCAUCCCCGAGAAGGACACAGACCCUGCCGACGGAGAAGGCCCGGAGACCUUGAGCUCAGCACUCUCCAAAGGAGCAGCCGUUUACAGCCCUUCCAGAUACAGCUACCAGCUCCUGCAGUGCGACAGUCCCCGCACAGAAUCACAAAGCCUCCUGCAGCAGAGCUCAUCCCCCUUCAGAGGGCAUCCCACCCAGUCUCCAGGGUACAGUUACCGAACUUCUGCCCUGAGGCCUGCAAACGCCACCUCGCAGAGCUCCUCCGAGUCCUCCCUCUCUUCUGCGUCCUAUUCCAGCCCCGCCCACCCCGUAUCCACAGACUCGAUGGCCCCCUUCCCAGGGACUCCAGGGUAUUACAGCAGCCAGCAGCAUUCUGCAAGCAGCAGUGGCGGCAGUGUGCCGAGGAGGGGCUGCUCCUCCAGUGCCGCCAGCCCAACCCUGCAGGGUCCCUCCGACUCGCCGACCUCAGACUCAGUUUCUCAGUCCAGCACAGGAACUCUGAGUUCCACCUCCUUUCCUCAGAACUCUAGGGCGUCAUUGCCGUCGGACUUACGGACGAUAAGUGUGCCCAGUGCCGGGCAGUCAGCUGCCUCCCAGGCCUCCAGGGUAUCUGCGGUUUCCAAUUCACAGCACUACCCACCCCGAGGGAGUGGGACUGUGCAUCAGUACCGACUCCAGCCACUGCAAGGGUCAGGGGUCAAGACUCAGACAGGACUUUCCUAGGGCUUCUGGAUUUGGGCAAAUAGAACUGAACAAGCCCAUAGCUGCUUCCUUCCAGCUGCCUCUGGAACCCAGGCCGAGCAGAUUGCUGGGGAAGGGGGUACACAGUGUCAGAGGAUUGGGUCUGGUCGACAAGAAACAAGACUUGUGGUUGCGACUGGCCUCUGGCCUUGGAGAAAGAUGGAAAUCUUGUCUGAAGCAGAGACUACAAAGAAGUUCCCCCCUGCGGUCGAGGGUACAUUGUUGACAAGCAAAUGGUCUCAGUAACGGUUCUAAGUGCAAUGAGUUGUGUUGGAGCCUCUGUCUCCCAUCCUUGCCUGUAGCCUGUAGUCACCUGUGCAGUGAGGACAUCUUUUUAAAU